UUUAUAUAAAAAACACAGACUGCUCUAAACAACUCACAGUUAUACUAUAGUAGCACAAACAAAUCCAAUGGAAAAAGCAGCGGAACUGAAGCUCUUGGGAUUCUGGGUGAGCCCUAUGGUUCUUAGGGUAGAGUGGGCUUUUAUGUUGAAGGGUAUUACAGAUUAUGAAUACCUAGACGAAGACCUUUUACAUAACAAGAGUUCUUUGCUUCUUCAGCUCAAUCCGGUUCACAAGAAAGUCCCGGUUCUUAUUCACAAAGGGAAGGCCAUAGCCGAGUCAUUAGUCAUCGUGGGGUACAUUGAAGAAACUUGGAAAAAUCAUCCCUUGCUUCCUCAGGAUCCCUAUGAGAAAGCAAGAAUCAAGUCCUUUGCUAUGUUUGCAGAAAAGCUGAUAUUUGAUUCAUACACUGCUUCCUGGAGCCAAGGUGAAGCAAAGGAGAAGCUUGUGAACUCAACGAUAGAGGCAUUUGAGAAAAUAGAGGAGGAAAUUAAAGGAAAGAAAUUUUUCGGAGGAGAAUCGGUGGGGUAUUUAGAUAUCGCAUUGGGAUGGAUAUGUCUUUGGCUCCCCGCUUGGGAAGAAGUCGGAUCCAUGACCAUUCUCGACCCAAAAAAAUUUCCUGGAAUUUCUUCAUGGGUGCAGAAUUUUGUGAAUCAGCCUGUGAUAAAAGAGAAAUGGCCGUCAAAGGAGAGGGUUGUUAAGUUUUACCAGGAGCGACGUAUUGUGAGAAUGGGUAUGGUAAAACAGGCUUGAGUCAUUUGCGAGUGUACUCGAUGAAUAGUUGGCAAUUGUUGUGAUGUUUAAGUUUAUGUUCGCAGAAAAACAUGUUUUCUAUGCUUGUCUUUGUUUUUGGACGGUGGUCUUGCUAAUAAAUGUAUGAACGUGACAUGUUUGAUUA